GCGAAAUGCAUGAAAUUCAUUGAAAGCAAAAUUUUAGAUGUAUUACAAUUUUAAUUAAGGACAAAUAUUGUACUUUUGAAUGCUGCAAACAUGAGUAGCAAAGCACAGAAGAAAGAAGAUGUGAAAAAGAAUCUAAGGUCAUUGCUUCUCUCUGCACCAGCUGCACUGACUAUUGAUGAACUAAAACGCGACUACCAUGACUUUAUUAUGGAACCUAUUCCGUAUAGGGCACUUGGCUACGUCAAUCUUGAAGAUCUUCUCAAAGACAUGUCAGAUGCCCUGCACAUCACAUGGAAGAAAGGUGUGAUGUGUGUUGCUGGUAUUGCAGAUUCUAAUACUGCUCAUAUCCAAAAACUUGUCUCCAGGCAGAAGGUUUCAAACAAAAACAAGUGGGCUACUCUCAGAAAGGGGGGUCCCCCACCACAGAGACAUAGAAGCCAGCAGCCUCGACCUCUUCCAACUGUUCCACCGUUCAUAAGGAAUUACUUAUCACAGCUGUUUAAAGCAUAUCCUGAUGGUUUACCGUUUACACAUUUUGAUGCUGCAUUCUCUAAACGGUUUAACAUUCAGAUUGACCCGAUAAGACUCGGGUUUUCUUCUCUUAAAGAACUUCUGAAGACUGUUCCUGAUAUACUGGAAGUAAAAGAAUUACAAAAUGGAGAAGUGCGUGUGAGUCCAGCUUCUAGUGGCGCCUAUAAACAAUCACAGCAGCCCAGAGAACAUCCAUUUCACAAGUCAUAUCAACAAAAUUUACCACCAAGACUAGAAAGGCAGAGGUCUGCAGAAAAUAAAACCAACACACAAGCUACAAAUUCUUAUACAAAUUCACCAUUUUCAACAGGAGCAACAAACCAAUGGGAAAAUGGACAAACAAAAACACCAGCACAGUCUGCUGGAAGAGGGAAGAAGAAGAGUUGUAUAAAUAAAGAAAAUAAUGGGCCUGGAACAUGGCGACGUCGAUACGAAAGUGAGGAAAGCUCUGGAACUUACUCCUCAUCUGAUCAGAGUGUGGAUUUUGAAAGUACAAUCAGCCAUCAGCUGCAUUUUGAACUUCAACAGCUCCUUAGCUCAAAGCCAGAGGGAUUGUGGGCAACAAAAUUACUAACAGCAUACAAGGAAACUUUUAACAAAGAGUUAAAACCAAUGGACCAUGGUUACACCAGUGUGAUAGAGUUAUGUUCAGCAUUGCCACAAGUAAUCAGGAUGGAAAGACCACAUUGCAAGGGAGACUGGAAAUUGUUUGACAAGAGAUUACCUUCUCCAAAGCCUGAUAAGUCAGCUAGUGAAGAGGCCUCAGUUCGCAAGAGGCAUGGUAGUGAGUUGUGUGCAGACAGUACUCUCAAGGAGACAAUACGGCAGGUGUUACAGGCUCAUCCCGAGGGAAUAAGAUUACAGGAUCUUACUGAAGUAUUUCAGGAUGAAACUGGCAGGUGUCUAGAGUGGGAGAAGUUAGGCUUUACAAGAGUGGAGGCUUUUGCAUUAUCCCUGGCAGACUCAGUGUUGAAGUUUGAGUAUAGAGGCAACAAUUCCAUUUAUUUGUAUGCUGUUGAUGACCAGUCUCCUCCCAGGACAGAUCUUCUUUUACCUAAAGGGGCUAGAAAUCAACCACCUGCUAUUUUAACCUCUGUUGCACCAGAAGUACAUGUGCCCUUAGACAGUAAUGUCCCUUCAGAUGCUAUUGGACCUGGCUGUAGUUACACCCAGAUAGACCUUCCUUCCUGUAACACAUGGAUAGAGAUUUACGUCUCCAAUGUCGCAUCACCAGGACAGUUCUGGUUUCAGCUCCGAGGACCCAAGACCUCACUAGCCCUAGAAAAGCUGAUGAACCAGUUAGAGGAAUCCUAUUCUGGAGAAGCUGGCAUGAUGUACCUUAUUCCCAGUGAAAUGGUAGCAGUGGGGCUUAUUGUGGCUGCCGUGUUCCCAGAGGAUGAUAACUGGCACCGCUGUGUAAUAACGGGCAUGUGUCCAGGAAACUAUGUAGAGGUGUACUUUGUGGAUUAUGGGAAUACCUGUGAUGUUCAUCGCAAUAAUAUCCGCUUCUUAAGAUCAAAGUUUUUGAAACUGCCAGCACAAGGUAUCUUGGGGAGACUUUCAAACAUUCAACCAGUAGGGGAGGAGUGGAGUGUGGAAUCUCAGUCCUGCAUGCUGAGGCUGGUCAGUUGUCGACCUCUGGUAGCCAUAGCAACAUCAGAAAAGAAUCGUGUGAUGUCUCUCUGCUGUAGCGACACUUCAGGAAAAGAGGACAUUCAUAUUAAUGACGUUCUGAUACAGCAGGGCCAUGCCUGCUUUGUCAUCGAUAACCCUGACCUAGUCUAUUCUGAGGACCCUAAAGUGAUUGCCGACUUCCCCUUCUCCAGUGAAUCUGAAACAGCGAGCACAUUCUCAGAUUCCACCUUUUUUGAAAAUUUGGCUGCACAGAGCUCCUCAGAGAUCCAGAGUAUACAUUAUGUUCUACAGCUCCAGUUGACCUCUGAGGUCGUGGUCCAUCUGAUUAACUUGGAUGGUGUGGCCUAUCUUCUGUCUUCUGAUGUCUCUUCCUUCUUCUGGGAAGAUGAUGUCUUAACCUCCAUGUUAUUCCAGAAGAAAGCACAUGUAAAUAAGACCAAAGUCACUGUGGAGGAGUACCCUGCGUUGUUCUGUGAACUUUAUCAUUAUGGAGUAAAAAGUGUCAAGCAGAAGGUACUGACCCUUUAUGAACUCAAUGGUGUUCCUGGCAUACUCAAGCUGUUCAGAUGCGAGUCAGAGGAACUCGAGCAGAAUGUGUCUCAACUCAUUGAGAGCUUUGAUCCUGAGGAUCCAUAUUGGAAGGGUGAAGAUUUUGAAGCUGGGGACAGUGACGUUGAACAGUUAAGCACAGAUCAGAUAGAAGAGACACUGCAGAUUCUACAAUUCAGAAGGAAGAGGGUACUGCAGUCAAUGCUCAACAAUACUGAAAAUACUGAAGAAAUUGUUAAUAAUCUUAAUGAUGUAGAGAUGAAGAUCAAAAGUUUUGAAAGUUUGCUGAAAAACAAACAAGGUGCUGUCAGUAGAGAAACUGAGGCUUCUAUCAGAGGGACUGAGAGUAAGGGAGUGGAUCCAAGACAAUUUGAGGAUGUAACAAAGGAAGAGAGAAAGUCUUUGCCAGUGUCUCCACAGAAAAUUGUGUUUGGAACUGAUACAUCUUUUAAGCCGGUAGCCACAGUUGCAAGUAUGCCACAGCCAAAACCCCAGGUAUCAGAAUCGUCUGUAGCUACUGAGAAUCCAUCCAUUUCACAGUUAAAUACAGCAAGUCUCCUACAACAAAUCAACCAACAACAGCAGCAACUCAACAUGUUCCAGACAUUAUUACUAAAUCAGUAUGCCCAAUCUGCUGCAAGUUUUCCUCUGGGAACUGACCCCUCGCAGCAAGUACCCUCCACAUCUGCUGUUGGGGCAGCUGGGGCAGCCCCAGGGAACAUUCUGGGUCUUGGUAGAGGAAUGCCUCCCAUGAAUACCCGUUGGGGGAAUUUAUUGUUACCAGGACUUAUGCCACUUUUGGAGAGUCUGAAUCUCGAACAGGAUUGGACUUCAUCCCAGACUCAUCCUGGAAUGGGUCGCGGAGUACCUAACAUUCCUAAACAAAAUCCAAGUGGAGAAUAGUUAAAAAAUAUCAACUAUACAAAAAGCAUUUUUGUUUCAACCACUGUACAUGUGUUCAAAGCUUUAACUGCAAUCUGUAACCUGCUCGUUGAUACUUGUAUCCUGAUUAUACCUGAAUUUCUUUUUAAGUCUUUUAUGUGUCUUUCCAUUAGAAAAAUUGUGUUAAAAUGUAUGGAGGGGUUCCAAAUGUAGAAAUUAGAAUUCAUCUCCCCCUACCCAAGUAUUUUAUAAAUGUGUCUAGGCACAUGAGAAGAUUAUCAUGUUAAUAAUCUUGUUGAGUUAUUUCUUUUAUAUAGUCCCUUUUAUAAUCCAUCAUUGACUAGAACCUUAUGGUGCUUUAGUUUUUAAAACCCCAAAAAGGGAAAUGUUACAAAUUUGUUAUUACACUAUACAUUGUCCAAUGUACAAAGUCCAUUUAUUACAAAUAAAAUUGUUACAAUUAA